AUGGUGAAGGUUCGUGCUGAGGUUGUCGACGUUACCUUAAAAAAUUUUCCAGUGUUUGUUGUUUGCGCCACGGUUCGUGGCUUUGUCGUUUGUUUGUUUUAUUCAAAGUCAUUGUUUUCAACUGUCGUUCAUUUUUUUUCUUUUUUUUUUCUUUCUCGUAAAAUCCCACCACGUUUCCGUCACACGUGA